UGAAGCAUACCAUUCUUCCCCCCCUCGAUAACUUGAACCCAACAAAAUCUCUCCCAGCCCCAAAAAAUGGGAGCCUGCAAAACCCUUAUCACCACCUCUCUUACUUCCCUCCCAAAACCCUUCUCUCCAUUCUCCAAAACCCAAACCCAAACCCUAACCCACCCUCCCUCUGUAUCCUUCACUCCCUGCAUACAACACACCAGACCUCGCUCUUCGACAGCAACCCAAUCAGCAUUCUCAUUAGACCCCCCAGACGACACCGUUGAACUCCUUCUCACCAAACGGGACGAUGUGUUACGACUAAUGAAAAUGGAAAGAAGAAUAACAAAAACCCACGACGACACUGUCUUGGGUUCUCAUUGGUUUCCUUAUUUCGACAGGUUCAAGUGUGAAGGUGUGGAUUUGAGUAGCAGUGAGGUUUUGGAAGCGGUGGGGCCGUAUAUGAUGGAAGAGAGAAAAGAGAGGAUUCGAAAUACGGUUAAGAGUAGGAGUUAUUCCCUUUGUUUGGUUGUUGAAGGAUUGACUGAUUUCGGAAACGUUUCGGCCGUGUUUCGGUCUGCUGAUGCUUUGGGGUUUCAGUCUGUUCAUGUCAUUUCUUGUGAUAGCUCCAAAAGAUAUAAAGAGAAUAGGCAUGUGAGCAUGGGAGCAGAGAAAUGGUUGGAUAUUGAAUUAUGGGAUUCUGCUAAAGACUGUUUUCAAGUUUUAAAAUCACGCGGUUAUCGGAUUGCUACCACUCAUGUUGGAAUCGAUGCGGUAUCUAUUUAUGACAUGGAUUGGUCAUGCCCAACUGCAAUAGUUGUUGGAAAUGAAAAUAGGGGAAUUAGUGAUGAGGCUCUGGAACUGUCAGAUUUGCAUUGCAGUAUUCCUAUGAAAGGCAUGGUCGACUCCUUCAAUGUUUCAGUUGCUGCAGGCAUCCUCAUGCAUCAUGCUGUUUGUGACAGAACUUCGCGCCUGGGCUCUCAUGGUGAUUUGACCCCGGAAGAAACACAGAUCCUGCUUGCUGAGUUUUCACUUCGUCAUAGCAAGAAUAUGAUAAGCAUUGCCCAUGACUAUGCGAAGCGAAAGGCAGCCACUCCCAAGCCAAAGCUAUGACAGAGACAAAUACUCAAUGUGUGAUUUUCCUUUGGUUGGAUGUCUGCAAAUUGACUUUUGGAAUUUCUGUAGAAGUUACUGCAGGAGGUACAAACAUCAUCGCCAAACUGUUCUAAGACAAACCAGAGAAGGCGGUGGGUUGAUUGAAAUUACAGGAUUUCUUCUGGUGCACUGGAGAACACACCAGCAAGAACAUCAAUGAGUGCUUCAUAAGAGAAUGCUAAACAUGAUGAUCAGUUGGUGACUAAGGCAUCAGUCGAGUCAACGAUUAUCUUGGGCUCACAAUAUCAAUUUGUUGUACUAUGUUUUUUUAAGCAGGAAGAUACUUUCAUUGUUCCAUCUUUGCAUCAGCUUUUCAUAAUCUGAAUUUUGUUUUGCUUAUGAAACAAGGGAAGAGAAUAGUAUUUUGGAUUUCUUAUGUACAAA